UCGGUGCUGCGAGUGUGCCGAGAGGAGGGCCUCUGGACAUCAAAGGUUCCUUUUGUCCCCUUCAGAGUGGCAGGGCAGCCCGGCUGCUGGCGAUGACUCAGGCCUGGCCCUGACGUCACCCACGCCGGGCCACUGGCCUCCCUCUGCAGCCAGGAAACCGGCUGGGGAGUGGCACUCGCAGCUGCAGCGAAUCUCAAAAUAAGGAGGCCACAGCCUUUCUCCUCCUUUCCAACUCCUCACAGCACACCUUUCUUUCUUUUUCUUCUUCUUUUUAUCUGUUUUAAAGCCUCGUGGAAGGUUUUGCCUGUAGAUCAACUUUGCAAUGUGGGAAGUCAGAAUGAGUGACAUCAUCAGAAAAAUAUGUGGAGCUGAUCUCGACAAAGAGUGAAGAACCCAGAGCUAGAAAGCGGCCCUAACGCCUGAGCCCAGAGAGUUGGCAGCAUCUGGGCUUCAGAGGAGCAGCUCGACCGCAUCAGAUUGCCUUGAAGUGAGGCUCCACCAUGAGACUGUUCUUCUGACUACAAGAUCUCAGCGCUGUGAUCGCUGAUUUGUUGAACCAAGACUCUGAAGCUGAUAUGCAAUGUCACUUACAACAUUAAUCAGAUACUGCAUUUAAGAUCUUGAUGUGGAGGAGAUGGACAAUUUUGAACCAAGGAUUUCCAAGUGAUUUCUUCCAAAGCAUAGGAAACUAACUUGGUUAAGGCUGGUCUGCUCUAACUGAGAUGACAGUCAUGUCCCUUUCCAGGGACCUCAAGGAUGACUUCCACAGCGACACCGUGCUCUCCAUCUUAAAUGAGCAGCGCAUUCGGGGCAUUUUAUGUGAUGUUACUAUCAUUGUGGAAGACACCAAAUUUAAAGCCCACAGCAAUGUCCUGGCCGCUUCCAGCCUUUAUUUCAAAAACAUCUUCUGGAGCCAUACAAUCUGUAUUUCCAGCCAUGUCCUGGAGCUGGAUGAUCUCAAAGCUGAAGUGUUUACGGAAAUACUUAAUUAUAUCUACAGCUCCACAGUUGUCGUCAAGAGACAGGAAACAGUCACUGAUCUGGCAGCUGCAGGGAAAAAGCUGGGAAUAUCGUUUUUGGAAGACCUCACUGACCGUAACUUCUCAAAUUCUCCAGGUCCCUAUGUGUUCUGCAUUACUGAAAAGGGAGUGGUUAAAGAAGAAAAAAAUGAAAAAAGGCAUGAAGAGCCAGCCAUCAUGAAUGGGCCAAGGAUCACAAAUGCAUUUUCCAUCAUUGAAACAGAAAAUAGUAAUAACAUGUUCUCUCCACUGGACUUGAGGGCAAGUUUCAAAAAAGUCUCUGACUCCAUGAGAACAACCGGCCUUUGCCUGGAGAGGACCGAUGUCUGCCACGAGGCUGAGCCUGUGCGCACGCUCGCCGAGCACUCCUACGCAGUUUCAUCCAUCACUGAGGCUUACAGAAGUCAGCCUGCCCAGGAACAGGAUAACAGUUCACCUGGGAAAACAGGUAAAGAAAAUGGGGAAGCUCUUGCCACCAAACCGAAAACAUGCCGAAAACCAAAGACCUAUUCCUUACCCCAGGAUUCUGAUUCAGCAGCAGAAAACAUACCACCCCCUCCAGUAACCAACCCAGAGAUUAAUCAAGAAAGAAGUCCCCAGCCAGCCACAGUUCUCCCUCAUUCAAAAUCUCCCAGCAACGAGGGAGCUGUCCGUUUUUCCAGGGAAGAUGAAAACCAAGCUUCCAGUAUUCCUGGGCCACCAGGAGCAGAGGUCCCGCCUCUCGUUUAUAAUUGUAGCUGUUGCUCCAAAUCCUUCGACAGCAGUGCUCUGCUCAGCGCCCACAUGCAGCUUCACAAGCCAACGCAGGAGCCAUUAGUGUGCAAGUACUGCAACAAACAGUUCACCACCCUGAACCGAUUGGAUCGGCAUGAACAGAUCUGUAUGAGGUCAAGCCACUUGCCCAUUCCUGGAGGAAACCAACACUUUUUAGAAAAUUAUCCUACCAUUGGACAAAAUGGUGGUCCCAUUACAGGCCCAGAACCUUUACUAUCUGAGAAUAGGAUUGGUGAAUUUUCUAGUACAGGAAGUACUUUGCCAGAUGCGGAUCACAUGGUUAAAUUUGUGAAUGGGCAAAUGCUCUACAGUUGUGUUGUGUGCAAACGUAGUUAUGUGACUUUAUCCAGCCUCCGGAGACACGCAAAUGUCCACUCCUGGAGAAGAACAUAUCCUUGCCAUUAUUGCAACAAAGUGUUUGCAUUGGCUGAGUACAGGACAAGACAUGAAAUUUGGCAUACAGGCGAAAGGCGGUACCAGUGCAUUUUCUGUCUCGAAACUUUUAUGACCUACUAUAUACUAAAAAAUCAUCAGAAGUCUUUCCAUGCCAUAGAUCAUAGGCUUUCCAUUAACAAAAAGACAGCAAACGGAGGCUUGAAACCUACUGUCUAUCCAUAUAAGCUUUAUCGGCUACUGCCUAUGAAAUGCAAGAGAGCUCCUUAUAAGAGUUACCGCAAUUCGUCUUAUGAAAAUGCUCGAGAAAACACGCACAUAAGUGAGUCUGUACCCGGUACCUACAUUGUUCAGAAUCCAUGCAGUUCUGAAUUAUCUGCACUGAAUUUCCAAACUAGUGUAAACGCCUUGACAAACAGCCCAGCCAUCCCAUUAGAAGCCUCUGCGUGUCAGGACAUACCGACUUCUGCCAGUGUACAAAAUGCAGAGGGCACCAAAUGGCGAGAGGAAACAAUGAAGACUGACCUAGACAGUAACUUCUAUUCAACUGAGGUAUCAGUCUCUUCCACUGAAAACGCUGUCAACUCUGACCUCCAUGCAGGAGAUGGGCCUGUACCAUCCUUGAGUAAUGGCAGCGAGAACUCGGCCUCCGUGAUCAGCUACAGCGGCUCAGCACCCUCGGUCAUUGUGCACAGUAGCCAGUUCUCAUCCGUGAUAAUGCAUAGCAAUGCCGUUGCUGCCAUGGCCAGCAGCAGCCACAGAGCCCCUGCAGACUCAGCUGUCAGUCAGUCCCUGAAAGAGGACAGCAAGCCUGAAAUGGAUAAAGUGGGUAGGUUAGCAAGCAGACCCAAAAGCGGUAAGGAGAAAAAGAAAACUAUUCCAUGUAACAAAGCAGAAAUUCCAGAGGAAUCAAAAUACGUUGCUGAUCCUGGGGGAUCAUUAAGCAAAGCCACAAAUACAGUUGAAGAAACCAGUAAAAUUGAAACUUAUAUUGCAAAACCUGCUCUUCCUGGAACCUCCACAAAUAGCAACGUUGCACCCCUUUGCCAAAUAACAGUGAAAAUUGGGAAUGAAGCCAUUGUGAAAAGGCAUAUUCUGGGAUCUAAACUGUUUUACAAAAGGGGAAGAAGACCCAAGUAUCAAACACAGGAAGAGACAGUGCCCCAGGUAAGUGACCCAGAAACCCACAGAGAAAGCCCACUUGAACUUUGCCAGUCUGAGUGCGUGGAGAUGAGUGAAGUAUUUGAUGACGCAAGCGAUCAGGAUUCCACGGAUAAGCCAUGGCGUCCUUACUACAACUACAAGCCCAAAAAGAAAUCCAGACAGUUGAGAAAAAUGAGAAAAGGCAACUGGAAGAAAGAACAUGGGAGUAAGAGCCCAAGCGGUAAGUGUAAAUACCCAGCAGAAUUGGACUGCGCUAUUGGUAAGCCACCUCCAGACAAGGCCUUUGAGGAAGAAGAAAAUAAAGAGAUGCCUAAACUGCAGUGUGAACUCUGCGAUGGAGACAAAAUAUCAGGAGCUGGAAACCUGGGCAGGCCCCACCGGCAUCUCACUUCCAAGCCUCACAUCUGCGAGCUCUGUGCCAAGCAAUUCCAGAGUCCUUCCACACUCAAAAUGCACAUGAGGUGUCACACUGGAGAGAAACCGUACCAGUGCAAGACCUGCGGACGGUGCUUUUCAGUACAAGGCAACUUACAGAAGCACGAGCGCAUCCACCUGGGCGUGAAGGAGUUCAUCUGCCAGUACUGCAACAAGGCAUUCACAUUGAACGAGACCCUCAAAAUCCACGAAAGAAUCCACACUGGGGAGAAGCGUUACCACUGUCAGUUCUGUUUUCAGAGUUUUUUGUAUCUCUCCACAAAAAGGAAUCAUGAGCAGAGGCAUAUUCGGGAGCAUAAUGGGAAAGGCUUUGCUUGCUUCCAGUGCCCCAAAAUUUGCAAAACAGCUGCUGCCCUUGGAAUGCACCAAAAGAAACACUUAUUCAAAAACCCAAGUCAGCAGGAGAAAACCAGUGACAUGUGCCACGAGAAUUCAAAUCCUGCAGAGAAUCAACAUUUUGUUGAUUCCGAAGACAAUGACCAAAAGGAUAAUGUACAGACCAUUGUUGAAAAUACCCUUUGAGUGGCAA